UUUCAAAGAUGGCCGCCCUGUUGUUUUGAUGAAUAAUACUUGGUGGGGCGAGGGGUAAGAGUAGGGGUGGAGGGGUAGGCGGAUUUACUCUACCAGCGAAAGCAUCGCGAGUCCGGUCCUCCCCCUCCCCCCUGCCCAAGCUCCGCCGUGGAGGAGGGGCGUGGCCGGCCUGCUUUGGGAGGGGAGGAGCUUCCCUCCUCAGUGCUGGGCUCUGCCUGGGCGGCUGUGGGGUCGCCUUACCUCGGGGCACCCACUCUGCAGUUGAACACUUCCCGCCAGGGUCAAAGGGUAGGAAGGAGAGCAGGAUCUGCUGAGGAAGCACAGCUGCCGCGCCACCACCACGAAGACCCAGCAGGCUCCAGGCACGAGGAGAGCUGGAGACCGAGCUCCUUAGUUUGGGUAACCUGGAAAGCAGAGGGUAAAUAAGUGGCGCCUUAAGAUAAACCCUGUAGCAGCAGCAGUGGCGGUCAAAGGAGGCUGCUGGAGGCGGCAGCAGCUGUAGGAGUCUGGGGCGAUUGGAGUGACCGACGCCAAGGCAUUUCAGUGCCUCUCGUGUUCUUAUUUUUUAACCUCUGACUAUGCAAUUCUGAAACCUCCCCCAUUCGGGGGACCAGACAGCCCGAUAGACACCUACCACUCUCCUCCCGCCCUGGUCUCAAAGAACGGAAGAUCUCUCCCUAACGCCUUUCACCAUUAAGAGGAAAGCGAUGGAGGAGCUGAGCGCUGAUGAGAUCCGACGGAGGCGCCUUGCACGACUUGCUGGUGGACAGACCUCCCAGCCUACCACCCCUCUCACUUCUCCCCAGCGAGAGAACCCCCCCGGGCCUCCUAUAGCAGCAUCAGCUCCAGGCCCCUCCCAGAGCCUUGGUCUCAACGUCCACAACAUGACCCCCGCUACCUCCCCCAUUGGUGCAUCAGGAGUAGCCCAUCGAAGCCAGAGCAGUGAGGGAGUCAGUUCUCUCAGCAGCUCGCCCUCCAAUAGCCUUGAAACGCAGUCCCAGUCUCUCUCACGUUCCCAGAGCAUGGAUAUCGAUGGAGUCUCUUGUGAGAAAAGCAUGUCCCAGGUGGAUGUGGAUUCAGGAAUCGAAAAUAUGGAGGUUGAUGAAAAUGACCGAAGAGAAAAAAGGAGCCUCAGUGAUAAGGAGCCUUCAUCAGGUUCUGAAGUGUCUGAAGAGCAGGCCUUACAGCUGGUCUGUAAGAUUUUCCGUGUCUCCUGGAAGGACCGGGACAGGGAUGUGAUCUUCCUUUCUUCUCUUUCUGCACAGUUUAAGCAGAACCCAAAAGAAGUGUUCUCUGAUUUUAAGGACUUGAUUGGCCAGAUUUUAAUGGAAGUGCUAAUGAUGUCAACUCAGACCAGAGAUGAAAACCCAUUUGCCAGCCUGACAGCCACCUCCCAGCCAAUUGCAGCGACAGCUCGGUCACCAGACAGAAACCUCAUGCUGACCACCGGCUCCAACCCAGGAACGAGCCCCAUGUUCUGCAACCUGGGUUCCUUCGGGGCCAGCUCUUUGUCUAGCCUCUAUGAGACUAGCCCAGCUCCCAAUACCAGUGUCUGGAGCUCUGUGCCAAUGAUGAGUCCGCCUCUGGCCUCCCCCUCCCGGGCAGCCAGCCAGGCAACUACGCCUCCCGCUUCUUCCCUCUGUCCUCCUGGUUCUGCGGGGACGCCUGCGGGAAGCCAGCCCUCGUCUCCGCGGUACCGGCCCUACACUAUCACCCACCCCUCGGGGUCUACAUCUUCUCCUGCCUCGCGAUCCUCGGGCACCUCCAUCCUGUCUAGCUCCCCAGGCCUGUUCGCCCCGGCCAGUAGCCCUCAAGCCGUGCCCACCAGCUCCUCCCGACAGAGGCCCCCUGGCACAGGACCACCUUUACUCUCCGCCUCCCCCGGUGGGAGUGCCCCCAGCAGACGGCCCUCCUCCCUAAGGAACUCUCCUAGUCUGGGAGCCUCUGGUGGGGCAAGUACUUGGGAUUCCUACAGCGACCAUUUCACCAUUGAAACGUGCAAGGAGACAGACAUGCUGAACUACCUCAUCGAGUGUUUUGACCGAGUUGGAAUAGAGGAAAAAAAAGCACCAAAGAUGUGCAGCCAGCCAGCAGUCAGCCAGCUUCUGAGCAACAUCCGCUCACAGUGCAUAUCCCACACUGCAUUAGUACUCCAGGGGUCCCUCACACAGCCAAGGUCCCUGCAGCAGCCGUCCUUCCUAGUGCCGUACAUGUUGUGUAGGAACCUACCAUAUGGCUUCAUCCAGGAGCUGGUGAGAACCACUCACCAGGAUGAAGAAGUGUUCAAGCAGAUCUUUAUCCCCAUUUUACAAGGCCUGGCUCUUGCUGCCAAAGAGUGCUCCCUCGAUAGUGACUACUUUAAAUACCCCCUCAUGGCUUUAGGUGAGCUCUGUGAAACCAAGUUUGGAAAGACACACCCUGUGUGCAAUUUGGUCGCUUCUUUGCCGUUGUGGUUGCCUAAGUCUUUAAGCCCUGGCUCUGGGCGGGAGCUGCAGAGACUUUCAUACUUGGGGGCUUUCUUCAGCUUCUCCGUCUUUGCAGAAGAUGAUGCAAAAGUGGUGGAAAAAUAUUUCUCAGGGCCCGCCAUUACCCUGGAAAACACUCGAGUGGUGAGCCAGUCUCUGCAGCAUUACUUGGAGCUGGGAAGGCAAGAGCUUUUCAAGAUCCUGCAUAGUAUCUUGUUAAAUGGGGAAACCCGUGAGGCCGCUCUUAGUUACAUGGCAGCUGUCGUCAAUGCCAAUAUGAAGAAAGCACAGAUGCAGACAGACGAUAGGUUGGUGUCAACGGACGGAUUCAUGCUGAAUUUCCUUUGGGUACUGCAGCAACUUAGUACAAAGAUCAAGUUAGAGACAGUCGACCCCACGUACAUAUUCCACCCAAGGUGUCGGAUCACGCUUCCCAACGACGAGACCAGAGUGAAUGCGACGAUGGAAGAUGUGAAUGACUGGCUGGCUGAACUUUAUGGAGAUCAGCCUCCAUUUUCUGAGCCGAAAUUCCCUACGGAAUGCUUCUUUCUCACCCUGCACGCCCACCACCUCUCAAUUCUGCCCAGCUGCCGUCGCUACAUCCGCAGACUGCGGGCCAUCCGGGAGCUCAAUAGAACUGUGGAAGAUCUGAAAAAUAAUGAAAGCCAGUGGAAAGACUCCCCACUGGCAACCAGACACCGUGAGAUGCUGAAACGCUGCAAAACUCAGCUUAAGAAACUGGUACGAUGCAAGGCCUGUGCUGAUGCUGGCUUGCUUGAUGAGAGCUUUCUGAGAAGAUGUCUGAACUUCUACGGCCUUCUCAUUCAGCUGCUGCUCCGCCUCCUGGACCCUGCCUACCCGGAUGUAACACUGCCUUUAAAUUCAGAUGUCCCCAAGGUAUUUGCAGCAUUGCCUGAGUUUUAUGUAGAAGAUGUUGCUGAAUUUUUAUUUUUUAUUGUACAAUACUCUCCUCAGGUGCUUUACGAGCCCUGCACUCAGGAUAUUGUGAUGUUCCUCGUCGUGAUGUUGUGUAACCAGAACUACAUCCGAAAUCCGUAUCUGGUGGCCAAACUGGUAGAAGUCAUGUUCAUGACCAACCCUGCUGUUCAGCCAAGGACCCAGAAGUUUUUUGAAAUGAUCGAGAACCAUCCCCUCUCCACCAAGUUGUUGGUCCCUUCCCUGAUGAAGUUUUAUACAGACGUUGAGCACACCGGCGCCACCAGUGAGUUCUAUGACAAGUUCACCAUUCGCUAUCACAUCAGCACCAUCUUUAAAAGCCUUUGGCAGAACAUAGCUCACCACGGCACCUUUAUGGAGGAGUUCAAUUCUGGGAAGCAGUUUGUCCGCUAUAUAAACAUGCUGAUAAACGACACGACGUUCUUGCUCGAUGAGAGUCUGGAGUCUCUGAAGCGGAUCCACGAAGUGCAGGAGGAGAUGAAGAACAAAGAACAGUGGGACCAGCUGCCCCGGGAUCAGCAGCAGGCUCGCCAGUCCCAGCUCUCUCAGGAUGAGCGCGUUUCACGCUCCUAUCUUGCCCUGGCGACAGAGACCGUGGACAUGUUCCAUAUCCUCACCAAGCAGGUCCAGAAGCCAUUCCUGAGACCCGAACUUGGACCCCGAUUGGCCGCGAUGCUGAACUUCAAUCUUCAGCAACUCUGUGGCCCGAAGUGCCGUGACCUGAAAGUUGAAAACCCCGAGAAAUAUGGCUUUGAACCAAAGAAGCUGUUGGACCAACUCACCGAUAUUUACUUGCAGCUGGACUGUGCCCGGUUCGCGAAAGCCAUCGCUGACGACCAGAGAUCCUACAGCAAAGAGUUGUUUGAAGAAGUUAUUUCAAAAAUGCGGAAGGCGGGAAUCAAAUCCACCAUAGCGAUAGAGAAGUUCAAGCUUCUGGCCGAGAAAGUAGAGGAGAUUGUGGCUAAGAAUGCACGUGCAGAAAUUGACUACAGUGACGCCCCAGACGAGUUCAGAGACCCUCUAAUGGACACCCUGAUGACUGACCCCGUGCGACUGCCCUCCGGCACCAUCAUGGACCGCUCCAUCAUCCUGCGGCACUUGCUGAACUCCCCCACAGACCCCUUCAACCGACAGACGCUGACAGAGAACAUGCUGGAACCAGUGCCAGAACUGAAAGAACAGAUUCACGCCUGGAUGAGAGAGAAACAGAACAGUGAUCACUAAACCACCCUGCCUGCCCACCUUCUGCUGGAAACAGCCAGGGCCAGCGAGGCAAACCAGAGUGAUGGUGCACAUGCUGUUCAAACAUUGGAGGCAAAAUACACCACAAGCCCACCCAGAGUGACCAAACGGUGGAGACCUGAAAGGACGUGAACAAGAGGAGGAGCCCAAUUCCUGUACAUAUAUUUAAGUGACAAACGUGGUCAAAAGCUUGAAGGACACAUUUGAUGAUUGCUUGUGUAAUAGAGCACGUCCUUCAUAUGUCACAAUUUGGGGCUUUUGCAGCAGAAGUCUUUUAGUGAUUGAUGACGGAUGGGUCUGGGCAGCAUCCCUUUCAUCUUCCCCCACCCCCCCCCAAUCCAAUAUCCGUUGAUUUUGAUUGUGAUUAGAGAACCUUGGACAUUUUGCUGCUAAAGAAUCUCCCCCCUCCUACCCUCUUCCUGAUCCUACUUGCACUGCUGUGGAUUUUUUUUUUUAAGUGAAGCAAAAACAAAAAUAAACUCCUUUCCUUGGCCCUCCAAACAUAUAUUCUGUGAGAUAACUGUGCCUGCAACAAGUGUUAAUCCCGGAAUCGUAUUUUUAUAUCAUAUUCACGUAUUUGUUUUUUUUAAUUGGUGUUAGAUGACAUGAUUAAUAAAAGAGGCAAGAUAUUUUCAGAAUUUGAA